CGCAGCUGUGCCCACACUAUGUACAGAGGUGUGCACACUAGUGUACCUCUUGCCUCAGUCAUAGAAGCAUCUCCCUCUCUCUUUCUCUCUCUCUCGGUCCUUCCUUCGUUUAGCAGUAACAAGAGUCGUCCUUCGACGUUAAUGAUGCAGCGGAAAACAGUGUACGUGUUGUUGAUGACUGCUGGUGUCUUCUCUCUCCUGGUAUUCCACCUGGUACCUAUGAAUAUGUCUUACAAUACCAAGUUCGUCAGGUACAUGACAGCACCGAUGGCUGACACUCCUCACCCAGUAGUCUGUACACCGGUCAAGCCUUUUUACACGGAAACUGAGCUCAAAGGUCCAAAAAUGAACAAAAGUUUGCUGCCAGAGGCCUGGUGCUUACCUCAGUCAAGAUACCUGCCUCUACCCACAGACAACAUGCAUAAUUGUUCACUGCCUUACGUCUCAAUGAGCACAAACGGACGACUUGGCAACAAAAUGUGUCAGUACAUGUCUCUAGCACUACUAAGGAAGGUGUUUGGGAUACGGGUUGCAAUGGUUGAAGGUAUGAAGCACCAAAUCGGACCAUUCUUUCCUAAGUUAUCCAUACCUGUGGAAGACCACAAGUGUUUUCCCGGCCACAAUACUACAAGUGACUACAAUGACCUUUACCUCAAGCUCAUUGAAUGGAGUGGAGGACGACUGCCAUCCAUAGCUGACUCCCAACUCUAUCCCUAUCCACUUAAAGUAUCCACUUACGUCCAGGACUAUCCGUGUCCCAGAACAUUACUGCUGCCACUUAGAGACCACUUUCGCGAGGAAUUAUCGUUUCAACCAGAAACGAUGAAAAAAGCUAGACAGAUGCUUGAUGAUGCGCUUAAAACUGUACGAGAUAAUUCUACCCAACCAAUGACCGUAAUUACUGUCCACAUACGCCGCACUGACUACAUAACAUAUAUAACGUACAGACAUCAUUUAUUACCGCUACGAAUGAUAUAUUUCGCGAAAGCAUUUAACUACUACAGACUGAGGUACGCCCGUCCUGUGUUUGCAAUGACCAGCGAUGAUCCAAAGUGGUGCAAAGAAAAUCUUGUGGACAAAGAUGUUGUUUUUGCUGGUGGUGAUGAUCCUGUGGUGGACAUGGCGAUCCUGACCCUGGGUGACCACCACGUCAUAACCUAUGGCACCUAUGGCUUCGUCAGCGCCUUCCUAGGUAGAGGAACUAUCGUCUUCCCCGACACCUACGGGGAGCCUUACACCUACUGCUUCAACUCGACCUUCUUCCAACCACUCUACAGGGAUUAACAUCUACAAAACCCCAACUGCUACUUUAAUGGAACAUUUCAUUGAUAAUGAGGAAAUGGCAUGGUGAUACCGACAAGAUGUACAUAAGUGUCUUUUUCCACAUUUCAUUGAUAGUUUUACUUCACCAGUUCGUUGUUUACAGUCUUGUAUCAUGAAUGUUUUACUGUGAUAACAUAAGAACAUAAGAAAGAAGGAACACUGCAACAGGCCUACUGACCCAUGCGGAGCAGGUCCAUGUAAUUCCCCCGGAUUAGGUCAAUGACCUCCCCCCCGGAUUAGCCCAAUGACCCACCCAGUCUGAUCAUCUCCACUCAAGGAUGGAGCACUGCACCAGACCCAGCAGCACAAGCUAGUCAGGUCCAACUCACACCCACUCAUGUAUUUAUUAACUGAUGAUCUUGUAUCUAUUAAGCUUUCUUGGAGGACUAACUCUCAAUUAUCUCAUGUUAUCCAUGUUAUAUAAGGGAGUAACUUAAUUUUGAUGACCUUUCAAGUUUUACUGCGGCACUAACUAAGCCAUACCACAGGUGGGGAUAGAACCCGCGAUCAGAGAGUCACAAAACUCCAGACCGACGCGCUAGCCACUAGCCCAGUGGUUAGCGCGUCGGCCUGGAGUUUUAUGACUCUCUGAUCGCGGGUUCUAUCCCCACCCGUGGUAUGGUUUGUUUGCAAUCGUGUCAUUACGAUUUCGUGAGGCACUAAUCACUGACUGCAUUGUUACACAACUGUUAAGUACCAUGAAGGGAUUCAACACACACUGUCAAGGCUGAGGGACUGAUUACCUCAUUAUCUACUGUCUCCAGUUUAUACUGUAAUCUUAGUAUUGAACUGAAAUAAAAACAUCGCUUGGCGAAACGUUUUCAUAAUAAAACUACACAGGUGUGA